UGAUGUUCGCCAUGUUACCAGACAUGAGAGAGAAAUAUGAGGCAGAUAUGAGCUGGCGUUUGCCUGGUGGGACAGAAUGAGUGCACCCGGGACAUGGAUGUGCCGAUAGGACACCAGGAGAUCCGUGUCUGGGUGAGACACUGACAAACUGGGAGGGACGUUUGGGUUCCUCUUGCAUCUGAAGCCCCUGCUCAAUCAUGAGAUUGGCCCUCCUGGCCUUGAGACUGAUGGUUUUGGCCUGGCUGUGGCCUGUCACUCAGCUCAACAGCAGCACCUUCCCUAACAAGAAAAGGCACAAAGAGGUCUACGUUGGGGAGAGCAAUAAAGUAAAGCAUGGAGGACGGGUGGAUCUUAAGAUGAAAAAGCUGGACAGCACAAAAUCCCUGCUAAUUAAAUCUGAACAGCUACUUCGGAUUGAAGAUCAUGACUUUGCAAUGCGUCCAGGCUUUGGAGGUUCCGCUCUUCCAGUUGGAAUAGAUGUCCAGGUGGAGAGCAUUGACAGUAUAUCUGAAGUAAACAUGGAUUUCACCAUGACCCUCUAUCUGAGGCAUUACUGGCAGGACGAUCGGCUGGCUUUUCCCUCCAGCAGCAACAAAAGUCGAACCUUCGAUGCACGACUUGUCAAGAAAAUUUGGGUCCCAGACGUGUUCUUUGUCCAUUCAAAGCGUUCAUUUAUCCAUGAUACAACUAUGGAGAAUAUUAUGCUGAGGGUUUUCCCAGAUGGAAAUAUUCUCUACAGUGUGAGGAUCACUGUGACUGCUCUGUGCUCGAUGGACUUCAGUAGUUUCCCUCUGGACACACAGAACUGCUCUCUGGAGCUGGAGAGCUAUGCUUACAAUGAGAACGACCUAAUGCUCUACUGGAAGAACGGGAACGAUUCAUUAAGGACUGAUGAGAUUGUGCUCUCUCAGUUUUUUAUUGAAGACUUCCAGCCUUCCUUUGGGCUUGCCUUCUACAGCAGCACUGGUUGGUACAAUCGACUCUACAUAAACUUCAUCCUAAGGAGGCACAUCUUCUUCUUCAUGCUUCAGACUUACUUUCCUACCAUGCUGAUGGUGAUGCUGUCAUGGGUGUCUUUCUGGAUUGACAGAAGAGCCGUACCUGCCCGUGUCUCACUGGGCAUCACGACCGUUCUGACCAUGUCCACCAUCAUCACUGGUGUAUCCGCCUCUAUGCCACAAGUGUCUUACGUCAAAGCCGUAGACAUCUACUUGUGGGCAAGCUUCCUGUUUGUGUUUUUGUCCGUCAUCGAGUACGCUGCUGUCAACUAUUUCACCACGGUGGAGGAGAUGAAGAAGCUGAAGAAUGCAAAGAUCCCCACGACCUUCGAUGCCGCCCAGGCCAUGGCCUUCGACGGGUGUUUCCAUGAUAACGACAUUGACCUGGCUUCUUUCCCAGAGGUCGCCAUCACCCCCAACACAGAGAGAAACACCCAGUCUCGAAACUCCACCGCUUCUGCACCCACAGAGGGAACCCGUCUCCGUCGCAGGAAUACACUUAAAUACAACCUGAGCUUCAUCAGGAGCAACAGCUACAUGAUCGACUCGUGCUCCAGAGUCGUCUUUCCUAUGGCCUAUCUACUGUUCAACAUCAUUUACUGGAGUUUGUAUGCAUAGUUUUUGUUAAAAAGACUUUUAAAAAAGUCAGAUCUUUCCAAUAAGACUACAUGCUGGUUAAUCCUACACUAUUACUGUUUGUUGGAACGUUUGCUGUUGAAAAUUAAUGUCUUUUUGCAUUCAAGAUGUUGAGAUCAGCUGUUGCUGCAAAUAAAGAGCAAAC